AUGGAUCCGUAUGGAGAGCAGCCUACCCACUCCCACAAGUCUCCCUUCCCUCCACCGCCGCACGACAGCGAAUUCGGUUCGGCCUCGCUCUCGGAGGACGAAGAUGAGGGUAUAGCCGGCUACGAGAGCCAAUCUCUGGCCAUCUCCAUCCCAACUCCUCCUCGCCGCGAGAAGCCGGCAAGCGGGGCCACGCCCCCGUACUACAGUUUUGAUAGAGUCCUCCAUCAUCGUCAUUCGCCGCCCAACCCUGCCGACGAGGAGAUGAUGAUCGUGAACACUCGCACGAGAGAUGGAUCGGUGGUGAUCCUCAAGGACGGCGAGGCCUUCAUCGCUCCCUCCUCGCCUCGCUCGGCCGGCGACGACUCGCCACGAUCGAUCGUCGUCGUCAGCCAGCACAGCCCGCGAGACGAACAGGGAGGAGACGAGAACGACACCCUCAUCGGCGGCGACGAGGCCAACGGGCGCGAGACGGAGGAGGACGACGCGGGCGGUCGUGUGGAGGAACUGACGAUGGAGGAGAUCGACGAGAGGCUGGAGAAGGGCGAGGACAGCACCAAGGUGCACUCGGUCUUCGGCCUCGUGGCGCUGGUCUUCUUCCUCGUGUGCGGCGGUGCCUACGGCACCGAAGACCUCGGCGGCUCCAUCCCUCCGCUCUACGCCCUGACCGGCAUCCUCAUCAUCCCCUGGAUAUGGAGCUUGCCGAUGGCGAUGAUGACGGCAGAGUUGGCGUCGGCGAUGCCUUCCCACUCUGGCUUCAUCCUGUGGGGCCGGCAGGCGUGGGGUCCCAUCAUUCCCUUCGUCGACGGAUGGAUCAUGAUGGUGGUCGCGAUCGUUGACCAAGCCCUCUACCCGCUGAUCUUCGUCGACUACCUCAAGGAGGUGGUGUCCCUGAAUGCGUGGCAAGCGUACCUGGUGUGCGUAGUGUACAUAGGCCUGGCGUGCUUCCUCAACGUACUGGGGCCCAAGAUCAUCGACAAGACCUCGCAGUUCUUCUCCCUCUCCUCCCUCUUCCCCUUCGUCCUCUUCAUCAUCCUCGCCCUCUUCUCCUCCCACUUCUCCUUCGCCACCCUCGUCGACACCUCGGACCGCAAGAGCGACGUCGGCCUCUACCUCUCCGUACUCAUCUGGGCCACCUGCGGCUACGAAUACAGCGGAUUCCUCGCCGGGAAUGUGAAGGAUCCGAAGCGCACGUACCCGCUGGCGAUGGUCUUGUCGGUGGUGCUGAUGCUGGUGACCUACCUGUUCCCGAUCGCCACGGCCAUCGCCACGGCCAAGGACUGGUCGACGGACAUCUCGCAGGGCUCCUACCCGAUACUCGCGGAGGAGCUCGGCUUUGGCUCGUGGCUGCUCUACAUGAUGAUUGCCGGAGGACUGGUCAGCACCAUGGGAACGUACAACGCGUAUCUGCACACCUCGUCGACGGCGCUCCACUCGCUGAGCAAGGACGAGAUGGCGCCGUCCGUGUUCCAGUACGAGUCCGAGCGGUUCGGCACGCCGGUGGCGGCCAUCGCCUUCUUCUCCCUCACCACCUGCGUGCUGGUGCUCUUCGACUUCUCCUACCUGGUCGAGGUCGAGUCCUUCCUCUACGCCACCCACGCCCUCCUCCUCUGCUCCACCUUCAUCCGCCUGGCCUUCACCCAGCCCCACCUCAACAUACCCUCCAUCCUCCCCUUCGGCCGCACCGGUGUGCUGGUGUGCGGGCUUACGCCGUUGGUGGUGCUGGUGGCGAUCGUGGCGUCGCUGUUCUACAGCGACUUCCGCAUCCCGCUGGUGGGGGCGCUGAUCGCCGGCAUGGGGCCGCUGCUGUACGUGGCCCAGACCAAGAUGCCCUCCCUCAGGCACCUGGUCGCCGACCGCUGCUACUACCGCUACUUCGCGGUACGACAAAUGUAA